AUGGCGUCGGGUCAGCGCCCGACCCCAGUGGGAUGGUAUGAACCUCCUCUCUAUGGGCGAACACUUAGCAUCACCAUCGCCUUUAUCUCCGGCUGCCUGAUAGCCUUCCUUCUAGCAAGCAAAGUGUUUGCGGUGAAGGACUGGCGAUUGCUGCCUUAUACCAUGUGGGGUGAGAUCGAGUCGCCAACCUUCAUCUUCGUCUUCGGAUCCACUGUGCUGCAAUUCGGGGUCGGCACCAAUUUUAACGAACAAGCUUGCACGGCUGCGAUGGGAUUGUGUCUAUUUGCAUACGUAUCUAGCAAGCAGGUUUUCAUCUACUUGUUUCUCGUCGAUAGAGCGCAUAUUGUACGCGGCUCAAAAAAGCCACGUCUGAAGUCAAAACUCUAUAUUUUCAAUUCGUUUGGAAUGCUCGGAAUUUACGUUGUUAUCACCAUCAUGAACUUUGUUCUUCAUAUCGCCGAGUUCGACAAGGGACACUGUGUUAUUGGACUACAAAAACCUGUUAUCAUACCAUUGAUUGGAUUCGAUGCGCUUGUCAAUUUUCAAAGAACCCCAGCCAAUAUCAGAUUGAGGAAAUUGGCAAAGAAAACGUUCAUCGGCUCUUGCUGUACCCUCGCUAGCAGUGUCACGAACUUGACAGUGCUUAUGGCUCUUAAUGGUGAAGAGUCGUGGUUAUGCCUGAUGUGUUGCAACAGUGACAUACUUUUCUCCGCAAUCGUAAUGCACUGGCUUACGUCGAACGAGCACACGGCGUCGAAAAAGCCUGCCUACGCAAAUGCGUACGCGAGGCGCUCGCAAGCAUCCGGCCCUACCUCGAAAUCCGCGACGGACGAGACUGCAGUGGUGGCACAGCCGUUGAUGGUAGCGACGCCGGAAACAGCAAAAUUUGGGCCAUCCGUUGGGGAUACGGGGUGGUCAGCAGACACAGAGGCUAACAGUGCGACACGUGCCUAG